AUGGUUCUCCAGCGAAUUCCCGCCUACCAUCGCUACUCCAGAAACUCGCCUGCAGUGCAAGGUCGCUCACUGAGGAGGAGGUGUCUGGCAGCGCAUUAA